AUGGUACCACCAGUUACCACAAAAGCUUUCUUCCUCACACUCUUCACCUCCGUAACCGCCUCCCCCCUCGCAAAGCGCGACGAUUACGCAAUCCCACCGACCGUCAUCGUCCUCCUCAUCAUGCUAGGCGCCGGUUUAGUCGUCUGCGUGGGCUUUGCCGUAAAUGCGACAUUUGGUUUUAAGGAGACUGCAAACGGCAUCAAACCAAUGAGCCAGGAACAACAGGAGUAUAUGGCUGAGGUUCGGGUCAUGAACAUGAACGCUUUGAUGGCGGCAGGAGCGAGCAGCCAUCGAGGUGGCCUAAAAAGAGGAGAGGUAGUUUACGAUUAG